GCUAGUUUUAUAUCUCUAUCUGUGAUACACUAGUAGUUUUACUGUUCAUCGUAAACAGUUGUAUAGCUUCUAAUAUUAUUGCUCUUUACUGAUAAUUAAUUGUUCUCAUCACGAUAUGGCUGAAAUUUUGCCGAUGUGACGAUAAAUAUUAUCUCACCCACUCACUUACUGUUACUGGCUCAUAUAAAACAGCUUUCCUUAAUGUCACACGCUCGUUGUAUUUCCGCAACUCAACAUAAAAGAUACAUACAAAAGAAACAAGUGAAACUCGAUGUAUGUCACUGAAGUUAAAGGCGAUUUCGACACAUGGAUAAACCAAUCCGCCAUAUAAAGUAUUUCCGCAACACAACACGAAAGAAACUGAAAAGGAAACAUGUGAAACGCGUGAAGUUAAAAGGCAUUUUCCACCUAUGGAUCAGCCAAUCUGCCAUAUAAAGUGUUUGCCGUCCGAUCUGCAUCAAGCACUAUCAGCCCACGUGUAAGGGAUACCACCACCGAAGAUGAAGACAAGGGCUUUACUUCUCUGGCUGCUGAUUAUUAGGCAUGUGAAGACUGACGGUAAACUGGACAUUCGAUUCAUCAGUUACUGGUCAGAUGGCAAGGAAAACAGUGGACGCUGCUGUGACAAUGAGCUCCCUGAUUGGUGCAGAAAUAAGUGUGACCCUAUGUUUUACUUGCGCAUUGAUGGCCAAGACGGAAGAAAGCCACGCUCUCUUUAUAAGACCACAACACACCACACAGAAAACCAUAACAUAAUCCACUUUGGAAGCACCAUUCGAGGAACACCAAAUCCCUUCAUCAUACAAGUGCCCAAAGCACUACCGUCUUCCAUAGAAAUAAUGGUGCAAGUGGAUGACUACGAUGACAUCUCCGGUGAUGACCACAUGGACACACUCUCUAAGCUGAUCAACAUCAACGCUGCUCAUACAGAACAGGCAGCUAUGUACACCCCAUACACAUUAUCGAGAAGGACAGAGUUAAAGAUUGCAGUCCGAGCCUACUGUGACCCGGACUGGUACGGGUCUGCGUGUGAGAGACAUUGCAAGGCCACUCCUGACCACAGUCACUACACGUGCCACCCCUACACAGGAGCUAAAAUGUGCUUUGAAGGUUGGAAGGGAAACAACUGCAACCAGGACAUCGAUGAAUGCACAGAAACUGACCAAAUUUGUCAACAUGGGGGCAAUUGUACAAAUUCACUUGGUAGUUUCGAGUGCAUUUGUGUGGAAGGGGUCAACGGAACGCAAUGUGAAAACAUCAUCAACCAAUGUGCACUGGAGCCAUGUUUGAACGGAGGGACAUGUGACGGAAACGAAACAGACUUCAGCUGCGCAUGCCCAGUGGAGUGGAUUGGAGAGGCAUGCGCAGAUAAAGUUAACUUCUGUGACAGUUCCCCUUGUAACAUGGGCCAUUGUACACCAGAUCUCUUGACGGCACCUCGAUUCAAGUGUGACUGUGAUUUUGCGUGGGUAGGAGAAAAAUGCAGCCAAAGUGUUGAUAUUGUAAACAUCACGCUCCUGGGUGAGAUCGGUCAUACAAAUAGAGGUGACCUGGCUGAUGGCUUGAACAGAUUCAUCACCGAACUCGGGGGAAUUCCAGGAACAGUUUACAACAAAUACAAAGAAAGAAAGCAAAUUGAUUCAUUAGCCAGAAUCUUCGAAUCCAACCCUGAUGAAAUCAUCAAUGAAUAUCUGCCUCUUCCGUUGUACCCUCCCCGAGAAGAAGAGAAGGCAACCCUGAAGGUGACCCCCACAAUGCCAACAGUGCUGGCCAAUGUCUCGCUUCUGUUUGUGUAA